GUUGGGCUCGCUCCUCUUCUAAGCUAUGUGUCUCAAGCUUCUCAAGCGGACAUCCCGCAACUGUCAACCAUGGACCAGGUAAUGCAGUUUGUUGAGCCCAGUCGGCAGUUUGUCAAGGACUCAAUUCGGCUGGUAAAAAGAUGCACCAAACCCGAUAGAAAAGAAUUCCAGAAGAUUGCCAUGACCACAGCCAUAGGAUUUGCUAUCAUGGGAUUCAUUGGCUUCUUUGUGAAACUCAUCCAUAUCCCUAUUAAUAACAUUAUUGUGGGUGGCUGAGUUCUUUAUCUUUGUGGGAACUAGUGAACAAAUGAGGGUGUGAGAAGCUCAUGAAGUAAAAAGUUGCCUG